AUGGAGGCCGUACCCGGAAAGGAAGAAGUUAAGCAAUUUCCAGACUCGCAGACCGCUUCUGAUUUCAUCGAUCAACAGUUAGCCCUCGAGGCUGAUGCGCGAGAGGUGCUUCCAUAUAAAUUCGACAAGUGUACCAACAUUCUCGGGCCCUUGCGACAGAAUGUCUUUGCCUGCUUAACAUGCAGCCCGCCGCCAGCCUCCGCGGCGCAAGUUUAUACGCCUGCAGGCGUCUGCUAUGCCUGCUCCAUUUCUUGCCACGGCGAACACACUCUGGUCGAAUUGUUCUCCCGCCGCGAUUUUGUCUGCGACUGUGGCACCAGCCGAUUGCCGUCGACUUCGCCUUGUACUUUGCGAACCGAUCCAGUGACGGGAAAUCGAGGGGUUCAGUCGCAGGAACCACACAAGGGAAAUCAUUAUAAUCACAACUUUCAGAAUCGAUUUUGCGCGUGUGGCGAGGAAUACGAUGCGGAGACGGAGAAGGGGACGAUGUUCCAAUGUUUGGGAUUAGGGACGGUUGAUACUGGCGGCUGCGGAGAGGAUUGGUAUCAUCCAGAAUGCCUGAUGGGCUUGUCGAGAGAUUGGUACAAGUCCGUCGAUACGAAGCAAGAGCUGGAGGAGGAAGUACAGAAGAAGGAUGAAAAGACAGCAGAUCAAGAGGUGGAAGAUCCCAGCCAUCCAGUCCCGCCGGGUUUCCCAGACGAAGAUGACUUUGAUACCAUGAUAUGCUACAAGUGCGUGGAGUCCAACCCCUGGAUCAAGAAUUACGCCGGUACACCGGGCUUCUUGCCAGCUGUGUUCAAAAGGGACGGCCAGUCGGCCACAGUGAAAGAUGUUUCAGAAUUGAUCGCACGAUCGACCGCCACACUACCUUCGACUGCUCCCGUUUCCCUCAAGCGCAAAGCCUCCGACGGCGCUAUAGAAACCGGACCACCAAGCCCUUCGAAGCGCGUUAGGAACGACAACGAAACCAGUCCACCACUAUCGAUUCCAAACACCUCCAUCGAGACACUUGACAAAGCUAACAACGACACAAUCAUCAUCCCUCCUAGGCAUCCCUCAAACACCGCAACCGAUACGAAACCCAAACAUAAACACGACAACCUCCCCAACCCCUCCCCAACAGGGACCUUGUCCCUCUUCUUGCGCGCAGAUUUCCGCGACCACCUCUGCCACUGCCCGCAGUGCUAUCUCCACCUGAUCCCGCACCCGCAACUCCUGGAAGAGGAAGAAACGUACGAACCAUCGCUAUCCUCGGGUGCUUCCUCACACCACGGCGGCGGAGCGCACUCACGAUCCUCGCGCGCCUCCCUCCUGGAACGAGGCGAAGCCGCUCUCUCCACCAUGGACCGGGUGCGCGCAAUCGAAGGCGUCAUGGUCUACAACCACCUGCGCGACAAGGUCAAGGAGUUCCUCAAGCCGUAUGCCGAGAGCGGCAAGGCCGUCAGCGCUGAGGACAUCAAGGCGUACUUUGAGAAGUUGAGAGGUGACGAGUCUGCUAUCAAGGAAGCCAAGGAGAGGGAGGGCAGGACGAACAGUGAGGACGGAGGGAAUGGAGAUGGCGGCGGCGGCGAUAGGGAUACCAGGAGAGAACAGUCUGGGUAUUGA